GAUGUUCAUUUAUCGAGGAAAGGAAUAUGAGCGACGUGAAGACUUUGAAGCAAGACUGUUCACCAUAUUUCCAAAUGCAGAAAAAAUGAAGACAACAUCUCCUCCAAGUGAUGACAUUAAAAACUCUUCUGGACAGUAUAUUCAGUGUUUCACAGUGCAAACCAUACGUGAACUGCCACCAAAAUUCAAGAACAAGACUGUGUCUGAACAAAUACUGAGUUUUUACACAGUGAAUGAAGUACAGAAGUUCCAGUAUUCAAGACCAAUCAGGAAAGGAGAGAAAGACCCUGACAAUGAAUUUGCUAAUAUGUGGAUUGAAAGGACCACGUACGUGACAGCAUACAAAUUGCCUGGCAUCCUAAGGUGGUUUGAAGUGAAAUCUGUCUCAAUGAUGCCUGGAAUACAUGUGUGGAUUAGCUUACAAUUAUGCAGCUCUUUCGUAACACCCCCAUCUGGAUCAUAAGGAGAGAUGGAUCUG